AUGGACGCUCAACCCAAAACGACGAUUGCCAGUCCAGAAGUAACCGAAACACCUUUCAAGGGAUCACCCCCUCUUCAAGAUGCCACCACAGAAGAAGGACAAACACAAACACCGGAGAAAGAAGCAGAGGCAGAGGCAGAAAAAGAACAUUCCAAACAUCCUCUCGCUCAAUUAUCGCAAUCCCGUAAAAACUUCCUGUUAUUCAUUUUCAGCGUAGCUACCUUUGUGGAUAUUUGUAACGUAUCUGGAGUAGCUGUUGCUGUUGCUCAAAUAAGUUUGGAUAUCAACUUGGGUAUAUCUCAGGUAGUUUGGAUCAUCACAUCCUAUUCAUUAUGUUUCGCUGCGUUCCUCCUAUUUGCCGGAAGGUUGAGUGAUCUUUUCCCAGCUCAAAUCAUAUUCGAAGCUGGAUUUCUGGGAUUAGGUGUAAUCUCGUUGAUCACUUCAUUCGUGACUUCCAGCAAAUAUGGCUUCUUGAUCUUGAGAGGUUUAGGAGGUAUCUGUGGAGCGAUGACUAUCCCUUCUGCUUUUCAUCUCACCGUUCACAUGUUUCCGAGAUCUGAAGAACAACAGAAGAAAUUAGCUAUGAUGAGUUUGGCUGGAGGAUUGGGUAACGUACUGGGAUUAGUCUUAGCUGGAUUAUGUAUGGAAGCGUCAUAUAAAUGGUUCUUCCGUCUAAUUGCAAUCAUCUGUAUAACAUUUACGAUAGCAACUAUCAUCUUACUGCCGUACACUGGCUCGUCAUAUUCUACCAAACAUGAUCCGAUCCCAAGAUGGAAGAGGCUGGAUGUGCCUGGUGUGAUUUUGAUGAUGGGUGCAUUGAUAUGCUUUAUACUUGCCUUGACGCAGGGUCCUAUAGACGGCUGGGGCUCAGCAAGCUUUAUCGCUCCACUGGUUAUUUCUAUACCGCUCGGUGUAGGGUUCUUCUUCUGGGAAUCUCGUAUCCCGCCUAAAACAGCUGUAUUACCAUCCUCAAUAUGGAAAAUAACCAACGUCAUCAUCCUCUCGUUGGCUGUAUUGAUAGCUUUCCCAUUUUGGGCUACAUCUCAAUUGGAAUAUUCUACUUGGUGGCAAGAAGUGUACGGUUGGUCUGCACUCCACGUAGCAGCCGCAAUGUUACCUCAAGGUAUAGUAUGCUUGCUAGCAGCUGCUUUCGCACAUGCCGUACCGCAGGUAUUGACCAAACCCAGAUGGACCAUUGGAGGUAUGAUCCUAAUUGUCAUAGCUGAGAUCCUCCAGGUAUUCUCAGACGGCGGUCCAGGUGACAAAUACUGGCGAUACUGUUUCCCAGCUUUCGUGAUCGGUAGUUUUGGUGCUAUGAUCACGUAUUUUGCGAGUGGUAUCAAUAUUGUCACGUAUGGUCCUCCAGAAAUGGCCGGAGUGAUGGGUGCAUGGGUAAAUGUUUUAGCUCAAGUAGGAGGCGCAAUCACGAUGGCCGUCCAAGCUGGUCUACAAGAUACCAGCUCGACUAUCCCUCAAUGGUCUAAAUCAGGAUCGAGGACAUGGUACUUUAUGAUUGCCUGGACGGUUGUAUUGGGUAUUCAAUUUAUAGUUUUUUAUAAGACUCCUGGUACGCCUCAGGAAGAACAUGAGCUAGCUAGGAAGAGGAUUAUGGAGAAGGACGGGGAUUUGGGCGUGUGA